GCCCCGCGAGUUUCCUCCCCAGGGCCGGGAGUUUUCCUACGGUCUCUGCGUCCUGUAGGAACCUCUCCCUCUUCACUCGCUGCUGGUAUAUUGGGGACAUCAUGAAUUGGAAUAAAGGUGGACCUGGUACAAAGAGAGGCUUUGGGUUUGGUGGAUUUGCCAUAACACCUGGCAAGAAAGAGGAGCCAAAGCUGUCUCAGCAGUCCCACAGUGCUUUUGGCACCGCUGGGUCCUCGGCAGCAUUUGCAAAAUCAGGGCCUCCUCAGUUGCCUUCCUUCUACAAAAUUGGGUCAAAGCGAGCCAAUUUUGAUGAGGAGAAUGCGUACUUUGAGGAUGAGGAGGAAGAUUCCAGCAAUGUGGAAUUGCCCUACAUUCCCGCAGAGAAUUCCCCCACUCGGCAGCAGUUCCAUUCCAAGUCGGCAGACUCUGACAGCGAUGAUGAUCCUCUGGAGGCAUUCAUGGCUGAAGUGGAGGAUCAAGCUGCUCGAGACAUGAAGAGACUUGAAGAUAAAGACAAAGAAAAAAAGAACGUUAAGGGUAUUCGAGAUGACAUUGAAGAGGAAGAUGACCAAGAAGCGUAUUUUCGCUACAUGGCUGAAAACCCCACUGCUGGUGUGGUGCAAGAGGAGGAAGAGGAUAACCUGGAGUAUGAUAGUGAUGGGAAUCCGAUUGCACCGUCCAAAAAAAUCAUUGAUCCUCUUCCACCUAUUGACCAUUCAGAGAUUGAAUACCCACCGUUUGAGAAAAACUUCUAUGAUGAGCAUGAGGAGAUCACCAGCCUGACCCCUCAGCAAGUGGUGGAGUUACGGCAUAAGCUGAAUCUCCGGGUCUCCGGGGCUGCUCCUCCAAGGCCUGGAAGUAGUUUCGCUCAUUUUGGGUUUGAUGAGCAACUUAUGCACCAGAUUAGGAAAUCUGAAUAUACCCAACCCACUCCAAUACAAUGUCAGGGUGUUCCAGUGGCACUAAGUGGCAGAGACAUGAUUGGGAUAGCCAAGACUGGAAGUGGGAAAACAGCUGCCUUCAUCUGGCCGAUGCUGAUCCACAUCAUGGAUCAGAAGGAGCUGGAGCCAGGGGAUGGUCCCAUUGCAGUGAUCGUCUGCCCGACCAGGGAGCUCUGCCAGCAGAUCCACUCCGAGUGCAAGCGCUUUGGCAAGGCCUAUAACCUGCGCUCCGUGGCCGUGUACGGAGGAGGGAGCAUGUGGGAGCAAGCCAAGGCCCUGCAGGAGGGGGCAGAGAUCGUGGUCUGCACACCAGGUCGUUUGAUUGAUCAUGUGAAAAAGAAGGCUACAAACCUGCAGAGAGUCACUUACCUUGUGUUUGAUGAAGCUGACAGAAUGUUUGAUAUGGGGUUUGAGUAUCAGGUCAGAUCAAUUGCAAGCCACGUACGUCCUGACAGACAGACCCUCUUGUUCAGUGCCACGUUCCGUAAGAAGAUUGAGAAAUUGGCCCGGGAUAUUCUGAUCGACCCAAUUCGGGUUGUGCAAGGAGACAUUGGAGAGGCAAAUGAAGAUGUCACUCAGAUUGUGGAGAUUUUCCCCUCUGGGCCCAGCAAGUGGAACUGGCUGACGCGGCGCCUUGUGGAGUUCACAUCCUCCGGGAGCGUCCUCCUCUUUGUCACCAAGAAAGCCAACGCAGAGGAACUGGCCAAUAACCUCAAGCAGGAGGAUCAUAACCUGGGGCUGCUUCAUGGAGACAUGGACCAGAGUGAGAGGAAUAAAGUCAUUUCGGAAUUUAAGAAAAAGGGGAUCCCCAUCCUGGUAGCUACUGAUGUGGCAGCUCGAGGGUUGGAUAUCCCUUCAAUCAAGACUGUCAUCAACUACGACGUGGCUCGGGACAUCGACACCCACACGCAUCGGAUCGGCCGCACCGGCCGUGCGGGGGAGAAGGGAGUGGCCUAUACCCUGCUGACCCCCAAGGACAGCAACUUCGCUGGGGACCUUGUCAGAAACCUGGAGGGUGCCAACCAGCACGUUUCCAAAGAGCUGCUGGAUUUGGCAAUGCAGAAUCCGUGGUUCCGGAAAUCCCGAUUUAAAGGAGGAAAGGGCAAGAAGCUGAAUAUUGGUGGCGGUGGCUUGGGAUACCGUGAGCGCCCUGGGCUGGGUUCAGAAAAUACUGACCGUGGAAACAACAACAGUGUGAUGAGCAACUAUGAGGCCUACAAGCCAUCCACAGGGGCCAUGGGGGACAGGCUGACAGCAAUGAAAGCAGCUUUCCAGUCCCAGUACAAGAGUCACUUUGUUGCUGCAAGUUUAAAUAACCAAAAGACUGGGAGCUCUGCUGCUGGUGCCAGUGGCUGGACCAGCGCCGGGAGCCUGAAUUCCGUCCCGACGAGUUCAGCACAGCAAAGUGCCGCCAGUCCCGAGAGCCCCGCGGCCGCGGCAGCAAAGGGAGUCCCGGGUUUCCCCAGCACGGGCAGCCUGAGCAGCAGCCCCACCUUCCCCAGUGCGGGAGCGCCGGCCUUCAACAGCGCAAACGCCGGCACCAGCGGUCGCGAGGGCAGCGGUGGCAUCGUCAGAGAACGGUACAACGACACCCGGAACAGCCGGCACAGCGAGGCCCCGCGGCGCGGGGACGGCGCUGGCCGAGGGGAUGGCGCUGGCCGAGGGGAGGGCGCUGGCCGAGGGGAGGGUGCUGGUCGCUACAACGAUGCCCAGCGUUACGGUGAUGCCCAACGCCACAAUGAUGCCCAGCGCCACAACGAUCCCCAGCGCUACAACGAUCCCCAGCGUUACAACGAUCCCCAGCGUUACAACGAUCCCCAGCGCUACAACGAUCCCCAGCGCUACGGUGAUCCCCAGCGCUACGGUGAUCCCCAGCGCUACGGUGAUCCCCAGCGCUACGGUGAUGCCCAGCGCUACAACGAUGCCCAGCGCUACAACGAUGCCCAGCGCUACAACGAUGCCCAGCGCUAUGGUGAUACCCAGCGUUACGGUGAUGCCCAGCGCCACAACGAUCCCCAGCGUUACGGUGAUGCCCAGCGUUACGGUGAUGCCCAGCGCGACAGUGGCGGCAGCAGCCGGCACAGUGACCCCUCCCGGCACGGUGACGUCCAGCGCCACGGCGAGGGCCGGCACUUCAGCGACCUGCCAGGGGGCAACCGCAACAACGGUGACAGCAGGACCAGCGAGGGUAGGAACAGCGAGAGCAGGAAUGGAGAGAACAGGAGAGAGGCCAACAGCCGAGACAACAAGACAGAUGGUUUUGCUGUCCCAGAGCCCCCAAAACGGAAGAAGAGCCGGUGGGACAGUUAAAAGCUGGGGGUUCACGGCCUGGAAUCUCUGCAGAUAGUGUUGUCUUUUUCCAGGGUUUUUAGUAACUGGUUGAGCAGCUGGGGCCAGAGAAGGAAAGCAUGAGAACCCCCAUGCAAGUUCAUCUGUGGACAGAUGCACCCAAACGAAAUGUACACUUAGUGAAAGAAAUCAUUUUGAUAAAGCUCCCUGGGUUCUGCUUUGAAACA